UGUACGUGCAGAAGGGCAUAUUAUUGGAAGGAUAAGAAGUUAUGUUUCUUAGAUAGGUAAAAUCCUUUUUUAUAAACAUUUGAGUGAAUUUCUCUGAAACAUCAAAACAAUCAUGUCGUUUCAUUCAUUCUACCCUCUCAUUCUGAUUGUAAAAAUCGAGUAAUUAUUAAGAUAGCAGUAUGCAAAUUAGGAGCCGUUGAACAUGCCCACCUGGGCUUCUAAUUUAUCAAACAGAGCACGGGGUCGGACGGAAAUGUCAGAGGGCAGUAACUGCGCAUGAGGUUCGUCAUGACAUUACACUAAAAUGAGCCUCUCGUGUCAAGGGAUGUCAAUCUUUAACUUAACUUUGGUCGAGUGCUGUUACUACGAAUAGUGCCCACUCCAAAAAUGCAUUAACUUAACUACAACAACAGGUCUCGCUCGGACUGACCAAGAGUGGACAUACUACGGGAGCAGUGGACUAAUGUACUGGACGCGGCGGCUGAUUAAGACGUUUACUUUUAAAAUCUACAACUUCUCCUCGUACUGCGGUAUCCCCGCCGGUUAGGUUCUGAUGGAGGGAUCUCAUCCCAGCUGAAAGCCUCAGAGUUGUUUUCCCGGAUCUCGUAUCUCAGUGUGUCUUUUGACCUCUCGGCCUCGAACAAGCCAAACACCCGGUUUCUUUCAUUUUUCUACAUGCACCCUAUCGAGGGUCGAGCACCAAAACAGACAAGCGUUGUGGAUUUAACCUGCGUGGCUGGGACCGACCCCGGUGCAAAACGCUAGAAGGAAAAAACUUUAUUCCGCAGAUUCCAUAUCCCGAACCCCUUCUGUGGUGCAAUCAUCGUUAAGGGCAAGGAGUAAUAACUGAGAGAAAGGGGAAGGAAAAAAGAGGCGAGCGAGGAGUUCACGGGCGGCGAGCUGUAGUAUUAUGUCCUACCCGCCGCUGGGGUACUCUCUACCGCCCGUCGCGUCAAGCACUCUCUCGGCACCCCAGCUUCAGUACCCGGCCGUUGUGACGUCGUCGGUGUCUACGUCUACGCCAGCUGGGGUAGGAGGACCUGGGACCGGAGCAGGAGGGACGCCGGGCUCUACCGGAGGAGGAGGAGGAGGAGGGGGAGGGUCUCACACCUCGUCACCCCCUUGUUGCCAGAACGGGCGGCCGAUAGUGACUGAUCCCCACACGGGGCAGACGAUCUGCUCGUGCCAGUACAACCCCAGUCUUAUCACUUACCCCCGUGUGGCGGGCCUGACCCCAGAGACCAUGUACACGUCGGCAGCGUACGCCGCCGCAGCACAGGGAAUGUACCCCCUAGCAGACCCCUCAGCAUUUUACUCGCCACUGGCUGCCCACGGCUUGAACUUAAAGGACGCAGCAGAGGCAUGGAGAACCAUGAAUCAGCAAGCCGCUGCCGCUGCUCUGUGUUACCCUUACGACCCGACCAUGAUGGCCGCCUACCCGUACGGAUGUGCUGCCCACGGCUUGAACUUAAAGGACGCAGCAGAGGCAUGGAGAACCAUGAAUCAGCAAGCCGCUGCCGCUGCUCUGUGUUACCCUUACGACCCGACCAUGAUGGCCGCCUACCCGUACGGCUACGGUAUGGAUCUGACAGCCGGGGCGCCUAGAAAGAACGCAACCAGAGAAACCACAAGCACACUUAAAGCGUGGCUGAACGAACAUAGAAAGAACCCCUACCCUACGAAGGGGGAGAAAAUCAUGUUGGCAAUCAUAACGAAAAUGACUCUCACGCAGGUUUCGACGUGGUUUGCAAACGCACGGAGGCGGCUUAAAAAGGAAAAUAAAAUGACGUGGUCGCCCAGAAAUAGAAACGGAGAGGACGACGACAGCGGAGCUGAAAAUGGCGGACGAGAAGACGGAGAAAACCAAGCUACGUCCAGUACCAACGAACAUGAGAUUGACAAGAGCGACGACGAAGAUGACGAUGAUAUCCAAGUGGACGUAGAGAUGCUCUCUGACCACACGGACUCCACGGCUAGGGACGGCAGUCCACCCCUGAGGGUCGGCUCCCCCUCUCCCGGCUGCGGCGACAACCAAGCGUCAGUUUUACGGAACAAGUCAAACGAGUACAAAGAAAACACGGAUCCUGGCAUCAGAAAUGGGGAAAACCUAUCGCCAGCACAAAGCCCUCUCAGUGACGGGUGCAGCUCGCCCUCUAGCGCGGUGAGCAGCGGUGGGGUCACCCCCGAAGCACAGGUCACUCCACGUAAACCGAAAAUCUGGUCCAUAGCGGACUCUAUCACUAGCGGGUCAAACACGGACAAUAAGCAACCACCAAGGAGUUCGUCUCCAAGUAGUGGCAGUUCAGGAAAAGACCCACAAAUAUCUCCGACGAAUCCGCCCCCGCGCCAAAGUCUAUCAGUACCCACUGUGACCAAAAAUCACUGGGUGGGACCGUAUACCGCUGGGGGGACGACCUUAGCAUACCCAGGGUUUCCUUACCCCUACAUGUACUCGCCAUAUCAUCAGACUAUUGCAAGCAUGACGCAUUCAAAUACGAACCCGGCCCGGAAUUUGGCCGCAGGACAUUCCAUAGUAACCGCCGCAAGCAGUAUUCAAGCUCCGUUCGGCCAAAUUCGGCCGAGAAUUGGACCUCUGCAGCUAGGGGGAGCUGGGGCAGGGGCGCCUCCUUCUCACACGAUCACUGGUGCAAUGAAGCCACAAGAUGGGCUCAAUUUAACGACCUCCGGUUUGCUCAAAAGCGGGAAUUCUGGGAGUGGUUCUGGUGGAAGUGGUGUGCGACCAGGAUCACCAUCCACGUCACCACGCGCAAAUGAAUCAAGACUAACAAAUGGAUUCUCAUCAGGCGAAGUUGUUAAGUCAUCCCAUGAGUCAGCGCCGAGGUUGUGAGAAUUCAAUGCAGUAUUAGAGUUUAUAAACUUAUUAACUAUGAUUAAUACGAGUUGACCCCCAACCCUCUCUGCUGAUGGGAAACUGGCGCCGAGGGUCAGACGAACAGCGUUACCAUGGCGACAGCUCAAAGCAGACGACAGGGAAGCGUUGUCGUUGCCAUGGCGACGUAGCGGGAAUACAUCGUUUGGCGAAGAGUCGUAGUUGUAAAAUCAAAAUUAACCCGAGAGGUGCCAAAAUAUUCGCCAACGAAAUCUGCGCAAAAACGAGUUUUGUCCUCUCAUCAAAGAGGGUUGGGGUAUCUGUGACGACACAAGCACAACAAGACACAAAACGUGAAGAGGACGCCGACAUGGACCGUGGGUAUGACCACUCCUUUCACCUGGGAGACAAUAAAAACUUAAAAAGAAAAAAAAACAUUUGUGACGUGUGCACUGGAAAAUAAAUGGCGAUGGCAUUUAUUGACAGUUUUCCAAAGAGUGAAAGAGGUCACUUGUGACACAAAGACAGCAUUCAUAUCACAUGAGGGGGUCACCCUCUUCAUACUAGGGAAGAGAUCCAGGAAUUGGAUAAACUGGAAAAGGAGCAUUCUGUGAAUAUAACCGGACUGCCAGACUACAAACACAGGCCGUUCUAGGCGCUGGAUUUCACAGCAUUUCGUUGUCGGAUAAUUGCCAAUACAUUUUUGCAGCCUAUUUCAAAACUUUAUUUAUCGAAAAGCUGCAUUUAUUUUACUACUUCCACCUUGAAGUGGGCCAAGGGGAAGGUAUUCCGGUUGUCAAAAGGGGUUUACGGGCUGACGAAGCGUAUACCAGGGGGAGAUCGCUCCUGCGCUUACUCGGAAAGUCUUCGUGCAAACAAUAUUCAUUUAGGUUUGCAUGUUCUAGAGCAGUAUGCUCUGCUUUAUAACAUUUUCUUUCUCCAGAAUGCCAAAUUGUGUGAAAAAAAAGUGAAAUUUAUUUUUACUACUUUACAAAAAACUCAAAGACAUUCACAUGGUGGGCUUUUAAUUGUAAAAACGCACGAGGAAAAUUCUCUUGUCAAUAAUUAUUGUCUGCAGCAUAAUAUAUUAGUAUAUUCCGCUAUGGAAACUUGGGUACGCAUUUAUUAUAAAGUUAUCGCGUUCGCACAAAGAAUUUGAAAACCUAUUAGUCGUAGCGUUGUGUAGAACUGUUAGAGAAAGGUUGUGAAGUUUUAGAUAAAUUGUGUGUUCGUACUUUUCUCCAUCUCAGGUACUGCCCUUGAGUGGCAGGGGCCAUCUCUAUAACAUAUACAAAUAAUCAUAUACAUAUAGAAGUAUAAAAUUUCUGACGGCGGAGAGCAAACGUAGUGUUAUGAUUCUGUUUUUUUUUCUCUCAUUUUUUUUCUGUUAAAUGAAAGUUACUAAUGGCAUUUUAGCCUUCAUAAGGAUAAUAUUCGAUGGAUAAAAGUUUAAUUUUGCAAUAGUUCAGUACCGCGCGUGCUUUUCGUUUCAGCGCAUCAGAAAUAGAACUGUUUUGUGCUGUGUUGUUACUGAGUUCAAACACAGUGCUUGUAACACUAUUAAUGACUGGAGGAGCAGCAUUUUCCUGACAAUUGCAGCUUUAUAUAUCCUGUAUUCUCUUUAUUUCUCAAGACAUAAUGUUCUGUUUGGAAAAUUUAUUUUCGUUUUUACAGUUAUCUUUUAAGAUGGGACAGGUCAUCCCAACAGAGCUAGGCCUACUUGUUGAAGUAGUGUAGUAUAUAAUAGCAGUAAUUGGCAAUUUUAUCUAAAGAAAGUAUGUGCAUAGCAGUUUAAGAAAAACAUUGUUCAAUUUUAUUACGUUCUGGCUCAUGACAUACCCCCGCUGUAUUUUAACUGUGCAAAGGUGGUCUCAGAUUGACCGCCGUACAAAACUGAAAACCAUGUUUGGGAUCACACCGAUUUGUGCAAAAAAAAAUCGCUAGAUCGUAGUUGACAUCUAGUAUUUUUCCAGUCGCAAGUUUCCUUUUAUUUUUGUUAGUAUAUUUAUUAUACAAAUGUUGCUUAUUUCUGACAGGAGGGGCUGGUGAAAAAUGUCCUUAUUUCUUGCUAUCUUUGUACAGAUAAGUGUGCAAUCUGCGUUCACGAGUUUUCUACAUUGAUUAUUAUUUGUUCACCAACUCAGUGCUUAGUGAAAUGUUCUGGUUCUAGUUUGUGGGUCAUUUUUUUCACAUGACAAGCUUAACAUUUUAAUGGGAUAUCUAUAUUAAAAUCAUCACCGUUUAUUAAGUGCUCAGCAAACAUAUGAUAUGGCGGUACGCUCGGCGAUGAUUGAUAUAAAACAUAGUUAUUAUUACAUGUCUUUGUAAAUGCACAAGCUCUCUGCGUAUAACUAGUGUCGAUCACGAACUUUUACCGAGAUAUAUGAUUAUUAUAAUUAUCAUCAACUUUUGUUAAAUCUUAUAUUUGUAAAUUGUUUGAUGCCACUUAUGAAUAGAACCCGAGUAUUACAAUCAAUUAUCAUUUACAUACGUGAAGUCAU